AUGUCCGACUCGGACAUUCCGGAGAGCAUGCGGGGCACCCGCGACUCUACCAGUCGGACGGACCGCGAAAAUGUCAACAGAUCUGCCACAAAUGAAACCACGACAGCUUCACAACCCCGGGGGUCGCCGUCGCUGGACAAGCAAGAAUCAGGGUCAACCUCCUUCGCGAGUCGCAUUCAAAGCUCCGCAACAGGUCUAGCCCGGAGUGUGCUACAGGGCGCGGGAUCAUCCGCGGAUGCAGCCAAAACUCUGGCAAGCGCAACGCAGGGCAAAGCUGCUGGGCCUUCGGCAGCCGGUGUGGAUGGAUCACAAAGGUGGGCGAGUCGCGAUGUCAUUGCGCAACGUGGAUCUGGGGCUGGGACCGGAGCUGGAGCCGGAUCUACAGCAGAUGGGACAGGGGUUGCCGAGUCCUUUCGAAAUGAGGCUACGAGGAUGGGUCACGACCGGCGUGGUGGAUUUGAGCUGCCCUUGAUGUCGGAGGAGUCGUUUCAGCAAACGGGGGCACUGGCUGGUAACGAUACGGUGCAAAGCCAUGCGGAUUGGAGAGCGGUGCACUCCAGCGACACAAGCCGAGGCCAUCUCCAAGACGAAUUGCUUGGUGGAAAGGGGAAGCAGCGAAUGGAUAGCCCAUCGCAACUGGACUUGGCUCAUGCUUGGAAACACGCACAACCCGAAAGUAACAGUCCUCAAGUUCGAGGCCACGAGCCUCGGCCCGACGACGGUGCAGCUGUCGUGUCGCUCCUCGCCGACCCAUCCUUCGACCCAGAUUUCGGAGGCCCCGAGGAUCUCGACCUUGACAUUGACGCCGCACCGCCGCCAUUGACUGAAUCCGAAAUCAAGAUGCUGGAAUCGUUCCGAAAACAGAUUGGUGACUCGACCAACAUGCAUACUUCACCCCAACAACCUGGCCUCUCGAGUCUUAGCUUGGUCCCGGAUAUAGAUACCUUUCUUCAACAGAAUGACCCGUCGGCAUUUACUGGGCAAGGAGUCCAUUCGGACGCAAAGUCAAGCUUAACCUUGCGCGACUCAGUCCUAGAGUAUCUUCCCGGUGCGGCGGAUUGGGUCACCGUGCAUGAGCGAUAUCACGAUGAGGUCUGGGGGUACCUUCGACCCGCGCUAGAAGCGGCCAAGGCGGAGGUAGAAGAAAGAAAUCAAAGCGAUUCUGAGGAGGGAGCGAUUGAUGGACCUGCGGUCAGGAGAUUGAAGAUGAUUCUUGGACAUAUGCAAAGGUAG